AUGGCUAUUACAAUCACCGUUGAGAAGGAUGGCUUCUACGAGGUCAACGGGACUCGCCAGGAGCCCAACGUCUCUCUCUAUGUUAUUCCAGCCGCAUCUAAGCUGCGCCGCAUGUUGAAAGACUCCAAGGAGCUGAUUGUGUGCCCUGGAGUCUACGAUGGCUUGUCUGCCCGAAUUGCCAUGGAGCUCGGCUUCAAGGCGAUGUACAUGACCGGUGCCGGAACUACGGCGUCUCGGCUCGGCAUGGCCGACCUCGGCCUGGCCCAGCUCCACGACAUGCGCACCAACGCGGAGAUGAUUGCCAACCUUGAUCCUUUCGGCCCCCCUCUCAUCGCUGACAUGGAUACCGGAUACGGAGGUCCUCUCAUGGUCUCCAAGUCAGUCCAACAAUACAUUCAAGCCGGUGUUGCUGGUUUCCACAUUGAAGAUCAGAUUCAAAACAAGCGCUGUGGCCAUCUCGCGGGAAAGAAAGUUGUCAGCCGCGAAGAAUACAUGACCCGCAUUCGCGCCGCCAAGUUGACCAAGGAGCGUCUCCACUCAGAUAUCGUUCUCAUCGCCCGCACUGAUGCUCUCCAGCAGCAUGGCUACGAGGAGUGCAUUGAGCGUCUGAAGGCUGCGCGGGAUCUUGGUGCCGACGUUGGUCUCCUGGAAGGUUUCACAUCCAAGGAACAGGCCCGUCAGGCUGUUCAGGAUCUUGCUCCCUGGCCCCUUUUGCUCAACAUGGUUGAGAAUGGUGCUACUCCCAUCAUCACCACUAAGGAGGCUCAGGAGAUGGGUUUCCGGAUCAUGAUCUUUUCCUUCGCUUCUCUUGCACCGGCUUAUCUCGGCAUUCGUGCGUCCUUCCAGCGCCUGUUGACUGAAGGUGUUGUCGGCACCCCCGAGGGUCUCUCUCCCCGCAAGUUGUUCGAGGUGUGCGGUUUGUCGGAAUCUAUCAAGGUGGAUACCGAAGCUGGGGGCGACGGGUUCGCUAACGGAGUUUAA